UUCAAGGAAAUCCAAGUCCGGCUUCGUAAGGCCCAGAACGAGUUUCAGCGCAGUAUCACCGAAGAAGGCGGCGGUAUCUGUUUUACUUUGGAUGAACUCCAGGGUGUUCCAGAGGAUGUCCUGUCGGACUUACACCGAAGAACGGAAAGCUUGUAUCACCUUUCAGCAAAUCGAUAUCCUUCCUGCGUUGACGUAUGAUAAGAAUAGUGAGACUCGGAAGCGUCUUUAUGUUGGUUAUGAGAAUAGGCGCUAUGCUAACUUGCCUCUAUUCCGCGACGCAGUUCUUCGUGACAAGGCGGCGCGCCUCUCGGGAUAUCCCAGUCAUGCGGGCUUGUCAUUGAGGAUAAGAUGGUGCAGAAGCCGGAGACGGUGGAGAAAUUCUCUGCAAUCUUGCAUUCUCAAUUGAAGGACGCUGGCCAAAGAGAGCUUGACAUUCUAAACCAGUUGAAGAAGGCAGGCGAGGAGUCGAGAUCACUAUUUUCUCCGGGACCAUCAA